CGGGUGGGUUUGUGACCUCGAACGAAACACAUAGCCAUACAUCUCACCUCGAUCACUGUAAUUCGUAGCUGCCAUGAGUGAAUCGCUCGCACCUCCCCUGGCAUCGUCAUCGACCGCCAACCUCUCGGUCGACUCGCACCUCGACCGGAGACCGACCAACGAGUAUCCCCAGACCCCAGACGUGCUCGAUAACAACCCGCUCCGAAACAUCCAAGGGAUCAAAUCGGAUUAUGUCAACGCUCUGCAUCGAGGGAACGUCCCCGAUCAUCUCCUUCAAGCGCAAUCGCAGGGUUCCUCCUCGUCCUCGUCGCACCCGUUAUCGGCGCCUAGCUAUCAUGCGCAGCACGAACAGGGGAUCCUUCCCGGUCCUCAGCGAGUCACAAGGGCGUUCGGUUUGAGGGUCAUCAGGACGGUGAGGAGGGGACAGCUGCCGUUCUUGUUGGUAUUCUUCACCUGCGUGAUCAUCUUCUUCUCAGCCCUCUCUGGUCUCGGCUAUGAAGAGCCCGAAACGACGCCCUCCAGCUCGGCCGCGGGUGAACCGGAGUUUGACGUAGGUAAACCUGUGUUUGAUGGGCAAGGUGUCGGAGGUAGUGGAACGAGCGAGGAGGAGGAACGGGUGGAAAGGAUGAAGAGGUUGGAGGAGCAGUGGGCAAAGCAAAAACGGCCCAAGGAUGGCGCUUGGAUGAAGUCACAACGAAAUCAGCGAGAAAUUCGGCGAAAACCCCUAGCGGGCUCUCGGUUCCAACGACAACGACAGCAAGAAGAGCCGGACCUCACGCAGCAGCAACAGCAGCAGCAGCAGCAGGCGCAGGUGGAACAGGCGGACGCGCCGGGAGCUGUAGAGGGGAUCGAGGAGACACGAGAUGGAGAGGAUGGCUUAGGGGACGGUCGGGCGGAAGAGUUGGAGUGAGCAGGCGAAUUGGAUCUCGCCGCCGAAACAAUUUCCGGUCAGGCUGGACUGGGGUCGGCGAGACUACAACGGUCGAGCUGAUCUGGCAGGCGAGGCCACGGUCAUCCGCGUUGGUCCGUUGAUUCGGCCUUUCUUCAUGUGCCGCUUGCCCCUUUCACCCUUCAAGUCAAAGAAUAGAAGGGGCGGGCAGGCGGCCGAUUGAUGUAUAUCAGAGGGUUUCUCAAAGGGUUUCUUGUUCUUCUUAAUCAUAUAGAAAGGGAGAUAUUAUCAUUUGUUGUGUCUUGAUUGAAACCGAACG